GAUCAUGAGUUCAUGAUGACUCGACAUACACCAGCCAUUCCUACUGCCUUCACAGCCUCCACUUUCUCAGCCCCACCUACGGCCAACAGCACUGCUGGCCUUCUCCCCAACCCGGCACCACCACAGAAUCAACUGGCUACUUUACAACAAUUGGCUGCUCAGCUAGGGUAUAACAUCAGCCCUGCUUUUACCCAAAACCAACAGCCGCAGGCCUUCUUUACCAGCCGUCAACCAACCAAUUAUCGCGGUAACCAUCGUGGUAAUUCUCGUGGCAACUAUCGUGGUAAUUAUAACAGAAACCGUGAUGAGUCUCAAGCAUCUGGUGCCCAGAACCGUCAACCACAGUUUGCUUGGGCCUCUACUCAGAACACCGUGUAUGGUCAUUGUAACCGGUGUGGUAUUGGCCACAUUCCUGCACAAUGUCCUAACAAGGCUGGUCAAUCUUCCACACGCGACUCACCCCAAGCAAAUUAUGCAGCCUUUUCUGAAGUUGGGUCUACAACUGGUUCACUCUGGAAACCUGACACAGGAGCAAAUGGUCAUGCUACACCCGACCUUGCAAGUUUGGACAACUCUGAGGCCUAUCUUGGUAACAAUUUCCUUCAUGUUGGCGAUGGACGAGUCUACACAUACCAUCCUACUCACGGGCCCAAGUGAACAAGGUCUCUACUCACUUUAUCUUCCAAAAUUGAAGUCCCUUCCACAUGUUUCCUUCACAGCAACUAAAGCUCCGUCAGCGAUCUGGCAUCAACGCCUCGGCCAUCCCAAUGCUCGAGUUUUUCAAUCUAUAAUG